AACAAAUCAAGAGGAUAACAAAAUAUCCCCGACAGCUUUUGAUCAUAGGUGUUAAUCAAAACACAAACAUCCGUCGGUUUGGAGUGUUUCGUUUUUAAAUAGAAUUUCGCGUUAUUCUAUCGGUUCGACUUUCACGCUGUUCAACUACGUUUGGUGUAGUUUCCCUAGUGAAAUUAAAGUGCGAGUUGUAGUGUGUAUCGCAAUUUCCUGGUUCGUGUUUUUCUUUUGUUUGCACCGGAACAUUGUUCUUCAGGGCUGGACGAUUUCGGAAGCAUCAGCUAAUUUCGCUGGAAAGGAUGGCCGCUACAGGGACCGGUUUUAAAGCGGAAAAUUGGCGUGACACUAUAGCGGACCGUCUUCGGACUCGUAACAGAAAUGAGACCUCUAGAUAUGCGGAUAUUAUUGCUUACAAUAAUCGCCUAUUCGAUGCUGCCGCCAAACUGCGCCAGGAAAACCUGGAGCUGAAAAUUGACAAAAAAAUUCGCGACAGUUCCGGCGGUUCCGGUGGAUCCGAUUUGGUCUCCAUUACAAACGCCCAAAUCCAGUCGCUGGAGAAAAAAAUAUUAGCCCAGCAGGAAGAGCUGACCGAUUUGCACAAGCGUAAGGGCGAGCACUCGCAGAUGAUUAUCAAUUUGAAUCAAAAGCUCUCGGACCUGCAGCGAACGUUGGCCGAGAAGGAACGUGCCUUGGCAGAGCAGACAGCGCUGAACGGUACUUUGCGUGAUGAACUGGAAGAGCUGAAGGCCUCCCACGUUACGAUAAAGGACGAAUCGCUAGCGUCGCAGUUACGAGCGAAUACGGCUGAGGAGAAGUUGCGAGCAGUUCAGGAUGAGAACAGUAAACUGUUGAAUCUGCUGAUGGAAUAUAAAUCGCGCGAUGCAGAGAUCAUGAAUAAAGAAAAUGAUAAAUUUUUCAAGGAAAAGAAAGCUCGAAUCGAAAGUGAACUAGAACGAGCGAUAAAAGAUAUUCCUGGUCCUUCGUCCCUUGCGGGUAUGGGCGAUGUCGAUCGGUUUGAUUUCGGCUCUGAUGGACCCCCGGAAGGGAUUGAGUUUAAGUUCGAUGCUCACGAUGGUGAAGUGAACGCAGUGCGCUGGAGUCCAGUGGAGAGAGUCGUGGCUACUGGUGGUGCUGAUCGGAAGGUUAAGCUGUGGGACGUUGGCAAGGGUAUUUGUGAACCGCGUGGUGCUUUGGUCGGCAGUAAUCAAGGCAUCAAUUCGGUAGAGUUCGAUACCACCGGGUCACUGAUUCUAGCUGCCUCUAAUGACUUCGCCAGCCGGGUGUGGACUGUGUGUGAUCAGCGAUUGCGGCACACACUGACAGGUCACAGCGGAAAGGUAAUGGCGGCGAAAUUCCUCGGCACCUCAUGUCUAGUCACCGGCAGCCACGAUCGGACGCUCAAGGUGUGGGACCUCAAGAACCGUUCCUGCACGGAAACCAAGUUCGCUGGUUCGAGCUGCAACGAUCUGGUCACGACGGACAGCUUCUCGAUCAUCAGCGGCCACUUCGACAAGAAGAUUCGCUUCUGGGACACCCGAACGGCGGACUGUGCGGCCAACGAUAUCCCGAUGCAGGGGAAAAUCACCUCGCUGGAUCUGUCCAAGGAUGGCAAGUUUUUGCUGUGCUGCGUCCGGGACGACACCAUCAAUCUGAUGGAUUUGCGCAACAACAAGAUCGUGCGGACGUUUCGUCAUGACAACUUCAAAGUGGGCUGUGACUGGGCGCGGGUAGCCUUCAGUCCGACAUGUCAACGAAUUGCCGCCGGAUCGCCGGACGGUUCCGUCUACAUCUGGAAUGUCAAUGGCCCACUGGAAACCGUGCUGAAGGAUCCAAAGUCCACUGAUCGUGAUUGGUUUUUUCGCAGUGGAAGUGGCGCCGCAGUUACUGCCGUUAGCUGGCACCCGUUCAGCUCCGUCCUGGCGUCGGUGGACCGAGCCAAAAAAUGCACAAUCUGGUCGAACGCUUAGCAGAUUCCUUUGCUAGCUACCCAACUGUUGAUGCUACUAAAUCAGUGUUCGUUGUACCGAUAGCCUUCCGCCGGCAUCCUUAGAGGAGGAGGAGAAGGUGCAUCACAAAUGACAAAAUAAGUAGUUAGAGGCAAACUGGGUCCGUCGUGUGCGUGUGUAUGUGUUUGUUUCAACGAAAAGGAGCUUUCUCGCGAUCAUUGUUAUUAAAAUUAUCAGUUUAGGUUUGUGUUUGACUUUAAAAAUGAUGCUAUUUUUCUAUACGGAAUAUAUUUGCCGUUCUGUCCAGUACUCUCGUAACGUGAACAUGCAACCUAAUGUUUUUUCCAGUUUAGGGAACGAUCGUGUAUUAUUCAGGUUCUGCCAUCGUAAUGUACUCUUCACUAAAUAUAUCACUGCAUUUCCA